AUGAAGACCAAGCUUACAGAUGCAACCGAUUCUCAAGAUGAAAUCACCAUUACCAUCAAGGAUUUAUACUCGGUGGAGGGCGACUGUGAAUUGAGUCAGAGGAAAAACAAGAUCAUUACCAUAUUUGACUUCUCUGACUUGUCUAUCGGAUGGGAAGGUAUCAUUCCAACCAUUCUCAUCGUCAAGUCUACUCGAACGUUAACACGAAAUGACUCCUUAGGAAGCGAUCAAGCUGAGAAUACUGCAGGUGGCAGAAUCAACAUUCCCGAGUUUGAUCACGAUUCGAAGCUUGACAAACUAGAAAUGCAAAUAACCAUGAGUGAUACGACAACACCUGAAAAGGCGGCUAUUCUAAAAGUCGCCAGGUCGCUUCUCCCUGGAAUGAUUGCAAAUGCACUUAAAGAUUUCCAAAGUGACAUGAUCUCCAGUCAUAUGAAGGAUGUAUACAUUGCUCCAGAAGAAAUGAAUAGCCAUCCCCAAACACCCACAUACACACCAUCACCAUCGAUAGCACCCAAUGCUAGUAGUAGCAGUACGAGUGCUCCUGACGCAAGCAAGUCAUCAAAAGCGCUGAAAGGAGGCGUUACAUCCAUCACAGAUAACAUAGAAUUCGUAUGCUCAGCCAAUGACCUGAUGGAAGUAUUUUUUGAUAUGGGUCGUGUCCAAGCCUGGUCUAGGAAUAAGGUCGUCGUCUCGAGAGAGGCUGGAUCAGAAUUCUCGCUGUUUGGAGAUAAUGUGACCGGUACCUUGCUAGAAUACGAACCUGGCAAGAAGUUUGUGCAAAAAUGGAGACUCAAGAGCUGGCCUUCUGGGCACUACUCAACUGUUAGCUACGAGCUGAUACAAGGGGAUCAAUCUACGACACUUCAGCUAGUCCAGAAGGAUGUCCCUGUCGGUGAGAAGGAAAUCACCGAGAAGAACUGGACAACAUAUUACUGGAACCCCAUCAAGGCUACCUUUGGAUAUGGAGGUUUACUAUAA